AUGACUUCUCGUAAACGUCGCUCUCUAAUAAUCAGUGCGCCUUCAUCACCGACAAUUCCCGAAGAACCAAGGUUUUUCUCUUCAGCACCACCAACGGCUUCUGUGGGACUGGGGUUGAGCAAUGGAAAUCCUACCGGACAGCAAUCUAGACAUUCCUUUCUAAGGAUCAAUCCCAAUGAUGCUAGAAAUAUUUCCUUCGAUUCUUUGACAGAUUCAUCUAAUAUCAAGCUAUUACUUAUAGGUGACGCCGGAGUGGGAAAAACGGCAAUGAUAUUAUCAUAUUGCAAUGAACUACCUAGGAUAAGUACAAAAGCUUUCAAAAAAAAUAUCGACAACUCUCCUGCAGGAAGUAAUGGCUUCUCGAAAUCUGAACUAAAUAGGGUUAAGAGUAUUGCCAAACGGAAGAGGUACUCUUUGAAUGAUUUCGAAAAUUCCCCGAUGGCUGAUGAUUCUGAUUUUGAGAUUAAUACUACUUCGACCAUUGGGAUAGAUAUAAAGACAAAUUUGGUGAAUAUAGACAAUAGAUUUUUCAGAGUUAUUAUGUGGGACACUGCUGGACAAGAGAGAUAUAGGAAUGCUAUGAUUUCUUCAUUAUAUAAAGGAUCUAAUGGAGUGAUUUUAAGUUAUGAUAUAUGUGACUUCAAUAGUUUCCUGAAUUGCUUGAACUUCUGGUUGGUUGAAUCCAUUGAGAAUAUUCCUAAUUUGAGCAUGACACGGUUUUAUCUAGUGGGGAACAAACUCGAUUUAUAUAAGGAAAGGAAAGUUACGCAUGAAGACGUACUUCAGUUCAUUUCCAGGAUUGAGAAAGAUUAUAAUAUAAAAAUAUCAGGUAACUUUGAAGUUAGUUGUAAAUGGGAGAAUGUGGUAGAAAGGACAUUCAAUAUUAUUAUUAAAGAUUUGGUAGAAAGCGGGUGUUAUGAGGAUGACAGAGAGCUUAGAGUAAUUUCAUCAGACCAAUCAGAAGAUAGUGAAAGUAGUUUGGAGGAUAUUCCAGGCACUCCCCGUGGCGUGCGACAGAGAUUAAUGAAGAAUAAAUCCAAAACUGUGGAUUUGAAUAAACCAUUGAAUAACCAAAACGACGAUGGUUCAAACCCAGGCUCCACGAGUUCCUGCUGCACUUAG